UCUACUAUAGACGUCGGAACCAUCAUCAAUAUAUCUCCUUGGCAAGAGAUGUUAUCACACGGCGAUAAGGAAAGCCGCCAAACUUGUCUAUCAUACUUCUCUCCCCCGGAGUGCGCAAUCCUGGGAAAAGAAGCUAUAUUAAAAGACUUAGAAAGAGACAGAGAGGAUGGGAACGAAGAAGAAACAGACACAAUCGGUAUCUUCGCCUUCCCCACCAUAAACUUAACACAUCUGGUGACUAACCUCACCGAAAAACCAAAACCACCUCAUCUGCUGACAAACAUCGCCGAAGAACCAGUAGGGGAAAAUACCCUACUCUCUCCAUGGGGCGACAGCCUCGAAGGUAACGAGAACAGACUCACGAGAAUUGGACUUCACCAUCAAGAAGAAUCAAAGCAUCGGUACAUCACAAUCGCAAACACAGGCGCAGUGCUUUCAAUUAUAACAUCCCUCGCACUUUUCUUUGGAUAUUAUUACUAUGGUUGUUGUUGCAACUGCCUCCAACCUCUGCAAAAAUUUAAAACAAGGAAACAAAAAUCGUUCCAAGGAAAGACAAACGAAACAUUCGAACUCACGGACACAAUUUCAAUGUACCCAACUCGACCAGGAUCCCCAAGACCAGCAAAACACCAACAGAGUCUACCAGGAGUUCACGGACAACAGAAAAUAACACCAACGCCAUCCCGGACCAGCAUUCGACUCGCCGACUACGACUACAACUAA